UUCUAAUCAGGCCUAGAAGGUGGUUGAAAGAUUAACCAAGGAUGAUCAAAAUUAGGCGAUACAAUUACCUCAGAUGUGCAUUCGUUGCAUUUCUGGUUUUUUUACUCGUUUGGGCGUUUUAUAAGCAUGUGAAUAGCGAACCGCCGAGGUCAUUGUCCUUCCCAAAACAAGACCCAGAAUUCUUGCACACGUUUGAUGCUUCAGAUAAGCUACUCCGGAACAGAUGUGUGUUUUUUAUCGAAACAUCAGCUCCAUUUCAAGCUGCCGUAACGGUUGGACCUAGACAGGCGUGCGCCAUCGAAUCGGCUGCACGUGCUAAUCCGCAUAAAAACAUUGUCGUCCUGCUGGCGUCAUGGAACGCAUUCUCCGAUGCUGCUCAGAUUCGGUUUCGUGACAUUCACGUGCUUUCAAGUUUCUCGAAUGUUCACUUUCGGUGGUUGGACUUGAAUCAGUUUGCCACGGGUACGCCGGUAGAGCACGUUAUCAAAUCGAACCGGUUGCAUGAGAAACCGAACGGUGCCGAAUAUUUGUCGGAAAUAUUGCGUCUGGUGUUGCUGUACAGGUUCGGCGGUAUCUACCUUGACCUGGAUGUAGUGUCAUUGAAACCGUUAAACUUUUCCAACCCAAACUUCUUCGGAGCGGAAAGCGAAAAGCUAGCUGGGUCGUCGGUGAUGGGCCUGGAGCAGUACGGGUUUGGACAAACCAUCUCCGAGAGAUGGCUAGACAAUUUCAAAUACUUCAAUGAACAUAAAGACGUCCGUAACGGUUCGUUCCUGCUUACCUACGAGCUUCUGCAAGCCUGUGAGAAGAUAUCCUUGCAAGAGGUCAUAAUGUCCGACUGCGGUGGAUUACUGAAAGUGUAUCCGAGGAACGUUUUCCACCCACUCGAUCAAACCAACGUGGAUGCAAUGUUUGAUUCUAGGCGACUGGCAGAGGCGAAAAGACUGAUUGCUAACGCAUCGACCGUUCACAUGCUGCAUCGUUCCAGCGGACGGCUACGAUUCGGUGGAAAUGCUGAAACAGGAUACAAGCUGGUUGCAAAAACAUAUUGCCCGAGUGUGUACAAUGACAAUAAGGGGGUAUUUUAAUUAUUCGUAGCCUCUUGGCAAUCUA